CUGAAUUAUUUUAGUUAUACUCAGACCUCCAUCGGGGCCAAUCAGCCUCUGCACUGAUAACACAGAGAGAAUAAAAAGGAGAGACGAGUGCAUCUCGUGCCCACUAUUCUACUUGUCAUGAAGAAUACUUCAUCAACCACGAAUGUCUAUGAUUAUCCAGAUUAUGACUACAAUUCCACCUAUCCCGACGAUGAUAAUGACGAUGCUGCCCCCUGCAGUUUGAGGGAUACAUGGACCUUCGUUAGCAACUUUGCCCCUCUGUCUUACAUCCUGGUCUUUAUCUUGGCACUAGUGGGUAACAUUCUGGUACUGUGUGUGAUCCGCCGCUAUCGGCAAUCUCGACACAACCCCUGCUCCUUCUCACUCACAGACACCUUCUUGCUCCAUUUGGCCAUCUCUGACCUCUUACUGGCUGUGACACUGCCAUUUUUUGCUGUGCAGUGGAUCAAUGAGUGGAUCUUCGGCUUGUCUGCAUGUAAGAUUGCUGGAGCGCUGUUCUCACUGAAUGUCUACUGCGGUGUGCUGUUUCUGGCCUGCAUUAGCUUUGAUCGCUACCUGGCCAUCGUACAUGCCGUCAAUAUCAGCUGGAGACGCAAGAGCUGCCACGCUCAGCUGGCCUGUACUGUGAUCUGGGUUGUCUGCUUGGGUCUCUCCACUGUGGAUGUGUUCUACCGUGAUGUGGUGGUGUUGUAUGGCAGAAAUCAGCAAGUGUGUCAAAUUGUGUUUUCUCAAGAGAGUUCUCAGCAAUGGCAGAUCGGCAUGCAGCUGGUCAGCCUGUUUCUUGGAUUUGUACUUCCCCUACUGGUCAUGCUCUACUGUUACAUACGCAUUUUCAAAGCAUUGUGCCACGCCAGCACGCGUAGACAGAAACGACGCUCGCUGAGGCUCAUCAUCUCUUUGGUGGUUGUGUUUGUGGUGAGUUGGGCACCUUAUAAUGUCCUGCGGAUGACUGACAGUCUAAAGACACUGGGGGUCAUUGCCAACACCUGCGGGCUGAACAAGGUGCUGGAUGUGGGCAUUCUGGUAACAGAAAGCAUGGGGCUGGCACAUUGUGCUUUAAAUCCACUCCUCUAUGGCCUUGUGGGGGUAAAGUUCCGUCAUGAGCUUGCCCAGAUGUGCAAGACUGUGUUAGGACCCCAAGGGUGCCUUGGAUUAGUAGGAUGGGCACAAAGUCGGAGAUCAACCCGCAGGCCUACUGGAUCAUUCAGCUCAGUGGACAGUGAGAAUACCUCCUACUUCUCUGUCAUGGCAUGAAAAGAGUGAAGGGAGAGAAGAAAUACACUGAGAAAAGGAAAAUAAAGACUGGCAUGCACAUGGAAAGAAAAAAGAAGUGUAGUCACCAGUGACAAGAGGUGAAAUGACAAUUGCUUUACUCAGGAAUUGAAAAGGAAUCACUAUUUUAGUUUGUACAGAUAGAGUGACAUAAAAAAAAAUAGUUUACAUGCAAGUUCUCUCUUCAAACCAGGGCAUUGGCUAAUGAAGAACAUCUUUUCUGAAAUACAUGCUAUUUGAGAGCCUUAAUGUUAUAAAAUCACAUUUCAAAAUCAAAUCUAUUCUUGUGUUAUAGAUAUUGUUGAUAUUGUCUAUUUUGAUGUGUUAGCAUUUCUACCUUGUUGUGGCAGUUGUAACCAUGACAAUGAAUUAUCCCUUGGUUGUCUGGGUCACAAAGAGGAAGUGAAACCAUUCUUCUACACUGCAUCAAACAAAUUAAAUCCUUAACAAGAUUUUCAUUAUUGGUUCUACAUCACUGCUCUCCUCUUGCACUGUAACAUUAAAUGGUGCUUUGAAUUGUUUGUCUUUUUAUUAAUCUGUUUUUUUGAUAUUAUGAGUGGAUUGUCAGACACAUAGUCAUGGCGGUUAAAGUAUAUUUUCUUUAAUGUAAUUUUUGUAAUGUACUUUUUGUAACCUCUAAUAAAGUGUAGAUACCCAUGAUUGUAAUAAAGAUUUGAGAGACAUACAAUUAAUUUCCUUGAAGAUACAUGCAGUUCUGAGAACUGCAGCCACACAGGAAGCACAGGUCAAUAUGUGUAAUCGCUGUCUUCACAUCUAUAUUGAAAUCAGCUCUUUUUUAUUUUCAGAGAUUAGUGUAAAUUAGUAUGUUAAUACAUGUUAGCAAUAACAUAAAUAUUGUUGAGAAAAAGUGAAACAUUUCUUUCAAAGUCAGUUUAUUGUCAUUUCUCUUCUGCAUCAAAAUAAAGUGUCCCCAGA